AUGCCAGGUUGGGAAGAUAGCUCAUGGGGUUAUCAUGGUGAUGGAAAUGUUUUUUUUAACUUCGCUGGUAAGCCAUAUGGAUCAAAAUUUACGACUGGUGAUACUGUUGGAUGCUGUGUGAACUUUAGAAAUAAUACGGUACUUUAUACCAGAAACGGAGUGAAUCUAGGUAUCGCAUUCCGAGAUUUGAAGAAUGCUUUGUAUCCUUGUGUUGGAAUGAUGUCGCAAGGUGGAUCUAUAAGAGAAAACUUUGGCCAUACAACGUUCAAGUACACAG